UAUAUUCAUCUCUAUUUAUCCCUCUUUAUGAUUUAUUUAUUUGUCUAUCUCUGUCCUGUACCUCACUGCGCAUUACCGCGCAGCUUUGACUGACUUUGUCACGUGAGUCGUCAUGUGACAACAGGAAGGAGGAAUGACAACAGUAAAGCGACAGACAACAAUGACUUCUUUUAUAAAAGAAACACAAAGCAUAAAAGAAGCGGUGACUUUCAUCAACGCGAUUGAUGUGAACAAGUUCUCCAGGCUGAUCUCCCGCAUCAUACAAAAGCUUCAUCUAAAGGGAGAGAGGACAUUCAGUGAAGAGGAGGAAGAAAAACUUCAGGCUGCUCUCUCAUUGGAUAAACAGACUCUCAAUCUAGUCCUGGAGACGGCUGCCUUUAUACUAGAGCAGGCAGUGUAUCAUAAUGUAAAGCCAGCCUCUCUGCAGCAGCAGCUGGAGGCGGUUCAUCUAAACCCAGACAAGGCGGAGGUGUUCUCUCAAACCUGGGCCACAACUGGACCUGAGAUGGUGGAGAAACUAAAACACAGUACCUUUGCCCCAAAGAAGCUGGAGUAUGUCGGCUGGCAGUUGAACCUGCAGAUGGCCCAGUCCAGCCAAGCCAGACUGAAGUCUCCCAGUGCUGUCCUCCAACUGGGGCUCCGCAGUGAAGACUCUGAGGUUCAGGACAAUGUCUUUGUUGAUUUUAACCACCAGGAGCUGCUGGACUUCUACAACAAGCUUGAAAUCGUGCAAGGCCAAUUGGAUUCCCUGACUUGAUGCCUUUUGUACAACCACACAAACACACACACGUACACACACACACACACACACACACACACACACACACGCACACACGCACACACACGUACACACACACACGCAGUGUUUUUGCUGACAGCUAUGCCAGCUGUUAGAGGCCUAGCUAUGCCAUUCUUGCUCUGAUUUAUGAGAGAAAAAUGUCAAACUUUGAAGGAAGGAGUUUCUUUCCCUUCUUUCUUUUAAUCCAGCUUUGUGCUCAUAACUUAGAGAGGUCGAGUGAUAAAUCUGAUUAUACUUUUUUUAUAUCUUCAUUAAGGAGAUGGUGGGAAAAUUACCUUUGUCGAUACACAGUCGAUACCUUUGUGAAACACAUUCCUUAGUAACAUUUUCUAUCUCCAGCAGUCAGUAACUUGAUGUUUGAUUGCUCUAUGAAUUAGUUAUAACAAGAUGUUCAAAAUGUGCCAAUCUCAAGAAAAUCAUUCAUGCCUUUAGAAAAGGGCAGUCAAAGGAAAUAAAAUGUUAUUUUCAGUUGAAACAAAUGGGUUUUGUAUUUUGGAGAAGGAACUAGUGUCCGUGCCAUUCUAAUAAAAUCUGAAGUGGAGGUGAAAUCCAUCCAA